AUGGAUACUAGUGACUCCAACUCUACGACGAUCAGAACUAUCACUGGUACUUUGUUUUCAGAGCUCACUACGAGGUGGCAGCACCGCCUUGAUAGAACUCUGCCGACCAGCUGCUGCCGGAAGUUUAGUAACAGAAAGCCCUGCGUAGAAACUAUUGGUGUCUUGAAACAUUUGAUCGGAACGUCAUUCUCCGGAGAUUCGUCGAGCAUUCAUUCAGCCUGUUACGAGACAAUUCUCGACCAGUUAAGUUAUUAUUUACUUAACACACGAUCUUCCGAAAUUAUCAUAUCCUUCUUCAUAAUGCCAUUCACGGCGGACGCAGCAGCGAUUCAGAUACAGGAGCGUCUAAAGAAUAUUUACAAUCUCGUGCACGAUGUUGAGAGUCAACGAGUUCGAUCCGAGCACAACCUAAAUAAUAUUAUGAAGACUCAUGAGAAAGUUACACCGGACGACAAAGUUUCUCCUUACUAUCAACAAAAGUUAAAGAAUCUAUACAAUGCCGCGGUGACUGAUACCCAGCAGGAAGAAGAAAUCCUGCGCAAGGCUCUUAAUAAGAUUAACGAGAUACGCACGAUACGAAAUGAACGACGCAUACAAGCACGUCAAGCAGGCAACAAGGAGACUAUUAGACGUGGGGCACUGAUGAAGAUGCUGCUGAGCACCGCACAGACCCUACCCCUCUACGUAGGAAAGACACCGGGCGCCAAACCACCGCCAUUGUGCGGCGCGAUACCCGCCGAGCCUACUUACAUUGCGAAGAUGGGCGACAUGGUAGCCGCAUUAGUGAAAGGCAAUGAGGAAGGAGAGAAUUGGAUACUCGCAGAGGUCGUGCAAUUUAAUGCCACGACAAAUAAAUACGAAGUGGACGAUAUUGACGAGGAGCAAAAGGACCGCCAUACGUUGUCACGGAGACGAGUGGUACCAUUGCCACUGAUGAGGGCCAAUCCUGAGACGGAUCCGCACGCCUUGUUCCCGAAAGGAUCUACAGUAAUGGCGCUCUACCCGCAAACUACUUGCUUUUACAAGGCAGUCGUGCAACGUCAACCAAGUACCGCCACGGAAGAGUACUUAAUCCUGUUCGAGGAUGCUGCGUACGAGACCGGCUAUUCACCCCCACUGAGUAUAGCACAGCGUUAUGUGAUUUCCAUCAAAGAGAGCAAAAAAAAUAAGAGUCAAUGUUAGUAAGCAAUAUCAUUUUUCCAAAUUUUUAAAAAUUAUUCAUUAAAUAAAUUUUAUUAAAUUUUCUGAUCAAUUUGUUAAGCCUUAUGAUGGAUAGAAAAUUUUAAGGUAAUCAUCUAUUUUUUAUAAUCAUAGAAAAAAGCGCACGCAGCCAACAGACAACGCGCAACUGCGAUGACUAAGCCUCUUUAUAUUAUACAUAUAUUAAUAAUAAUAUAUUAUACAUAAUAAUUAGAAGUGUGCAAAAUCGGGUUGGAAUGGGAAUGCGAAUGCUUUUCGAGAUCGGAACAGGAUCCUGAAAUUUUCGGUAUCCGUCCCGUUCCAAGCACUGGGAAAUUUCGAGAUUUCGCACACCUCUAAUAAUAUAUUACAUAUGAUAAUAUAUUAUAUAUAAUAAUAUAUUAUACAUAUCUGGGAGACAUCGACUCUAAUCCCAUCGACUAAUCCCAUAAAUUCCAUUACAGCCUCCAAGAAGAAACAAUAUAUAUGAAAGAAAUAUUUCUAGAA